AUGAUGGCCAACGCAAAGGGCCAGUCAAGCAACAUCUUACCACGGGAGAACUUGACGAACCUGAAAGGCAAAAUACCCACUCAAGUCUGGGAUAAGCUCGCUAGAGCUCGAGGCGCACAUCUCAAUGCGAUGGAAGGCCUCCCAAUGUUUGCUGUUGCAAUGUUGGCGGGAAAUCUGGCCAAACUUCCAGCCAAAGACCUGAACUACAUGGCCCUCGACUAUCUUGCCGCUCGGGCACUGUACACUGCGGUCUACAUGGGGGUUAAGUCUGAGCUUGGGAGCUAUCUGCGUACUGGUAUUUGGGCUUGGAGUAUUUCCAUUCCGAUUUGGGUGCUGAUUCGUGCCGGAAAGGCUGUCAAUGCUGGUGAUUCUCUUUGA